AUGCAUCUCAUGACCUCAGCUAUCUGGGUCCUGGCAGCCUCUGCCACCACUGCCAAAGCUCUCUCUGAUAAUACGUCUCAGCCUCUACGCCCAUCUGCCGAUGACGGCCUUCCAUCGAGUUUUGGUGUCUUGCUCUUCCCCGAAUUCCAAUCCCUGGACGUCUUUGGCCCUCUCGAUGUUCGGUCUACGCAGAUAAACAAGUUUGGAUCUUCGUUUGGAGAGGCCAUCAUGCCCACGCAUACCUUCAAGAACGCACCGCCACUCGACGUGCUCCUCAUCCCCGGCGGAUUUGGAACCGAGGCCCCGGACAUUGGCCCGGCACUUGCAUUUAUCAAAGACACCUAUCCAAGCCUUCGGUAUGUCCUGACCGUCUGUACCGGAUCUGAGCUCCUCGCCAAGACGGGAAUCCUAGACGGGCGACAUGCGACUACCAAUAAGCAGGUGUACAACAGGGUCAUCAAGAGCGGUCCGAAGGUCAAAUGGGUGCCUGAGGCCAGAUGGGUGGCUGAUGGGAACGUGUGGACAUCAUCGGGGGUUUCAGCGGGCAUCGACCUGAUGUUUGCUUUUCUCGAUGCGGUGUACGGGACGGUACUGAGCAAUCAACUGAGUGAAGGGAUGGAGUAUGUGCGCAAUGUGGACUGGAGGAACGACCCGUUCGCACAUUACGUGAAAGACAAGCCAGUAGAAGUCUAG